AGUCAACGAAGAAGCAUCUCGAGAGAAGAAAUUGAUACAAAACUUGAAAACGAAUUUCCUGAUUGGUUCGAGAAAUAUAUAGACGAUGAGGUUGUCGAAGAAGAAGAAGAAGAACUUAUAGUUGAAUCUGAAAUGGAAGACGACUUUGUAUCGAAUCUAAAUGAAGAUUUAUAUGAUUCUAGAAUUAUCUAUAGCAUGAGAACCACAACAAGGGGUGGAGGUCAUAAGACUCUUGCAGCAGCACUUCGGGCAAUGUCUCAAGACGAUGAUUCUGAUGAAGAGCACGAUCAGACUCCAUCACCUCAUGGGCAGAGAGGUGGCCCUGUACGACGAGGAGGACAUACAUCUAGGUCGAGCAUGCCAAAUCGUUUGUCAUCACCUCCAUCAAGCAAUAGGCCACACACGCCUAACAUAAUACUGCAUCCACCAUCAUUUACUCCACCUGAUCCUUUCCAUGGUGCGACACCAUUGACAUUAGAUGCAUCAUCAGAUGAUCCAUUGCAUGAUGUGCUACCAUCUCCUGUCACUUCACCAUCUCAAUUAGGGAGCAUGCUAUCUGCAUCAUCAUCUGUCUGUUCUAGUCUUAUGUGCCGUAUACCAAUUGAAAUUGAAUCUGAUGAA